CCGCCGCCGUCGCCGCUGCCGCGGGGAUCGUCAGGCCGGAGCCGCGCGGCCGAGUGGGCGGCGGGGAAGGCUUGGCGGCUGGGAGGCUCGCGGCGCCCGGGCCGGCGGGGUCCGCCCGGGCCGGCAGCGUCCGCCCGGCGGCGGGAGGAGGGAGGGUCGGAGACAAAGAGCGGCGCCUGGGCGGGCGCAGCGCGGCCGCCGCCCCGGGACCCGCGCCGCUGCCCUCCGGCCUCGGCAGGCGGCCCACGGCGAGGUUUCUUUUUAUCCAAGUGAUGUCCCAGAUGAUGGUUCUCUGCUGAGAUUUGCAUUGGACUUGAGAGUCUGGGGGAUCCCUGCAGUUUUGCAACCUCAGAGGCGUCAUCAGCCUAAAAUCUCAUCUUUUUGAAGAGUUGUACAUUUUGCAGUCACCUCUUGUAACUGUGUGCCAAAGAAGGACUCCAUGAAAGAUGACAGAAGAAGUUAUUGUCAUAGCCAAGUGGGACUAUACUGCCCAGCAAGACCAGGAGCUGGACAUCAAGAAGAAUGAGCGUCUGUGGCUGCUGGACGACUCCAAGACAUGGUGGCGGGUGAGGAACGCAGCCAACAGGACGGGCUAUGUGCCAUCCAACUACGUGGAGCGCAAGAACAGCUUGAAAAAGGGCUCCCUGGUGAAGAACCUCAAGGAUACGCUAGGCCUUGGCAAGACGCGCAGGAAGCCGAGUGCGCGGGAUGCAUCCCCAACGCCCAGCACGGACGCCGAGUACCCAGCCAAUGGCAGUGGUGCCGACCGCAUCUAUGACCUCAACAUCCCGGCCUUUGUCAAGUUCGCCUACGUGGCGGAGCGGGAGGAUGAGCUGUCCCUGGUAAAGGGCUCACGCGUCACGGUCAUGGAGAAGUGCAGCGACGGCUGGUGGCGCGGCAGCUUCAAUGGGCAGAUUGGCUGGUUUCCCUCCAAUUACGUGCUGGAGGAGGCGGAGGAGGCGGCUGCUGAGGCCCCGAGCUUCCUGAGCCUGCGUAGGGGCGCCGCGCUGAGCAAUGGCCAGGGCGCGCGCGUGCUGCAUGUGGUGCAGACACUGUACCCCUUCAGCUCGGUCACCGAGGAGGAGCUCAACUUCGAGAAGGGGGAGACCAUGGAGGUAAUUGAGAAGCCUGAGAACGACCCCGAGUGGUGGAAAUGCAAAAACGCCCGUGGCCAGGUGGGCCUGGUCCCCAAGAACUAUGUGGUGGUCCUCAGUGAUGGGCCAGCCCUGCACCCUGCACAUGCCCCACAAAUCAGCUACACCGGACCCUCAUCCAGCGGGCGCUUCGCGGGCCGGGAGUGGUACUAUGGCAAUGUGACGCGCCACCAGGCCGAGUGCGCACUCAACGAGCGGGGUGUCGAGGGCGACUUCCUCAUUAGGGACAGCGAGUCCUCGCCCAGCGACUUCUCGGUGUCUCUCAAAGCAUCAGGGAAGAACAAGCAUUUCAAGGUGCAGCUCGUGGACAAUGUCUACUGCAUUGGGCAGCGGCGAUUCCACAGCAUGGACGAGCUGGUGGAACACUACAAGAAGGCACCCAUCUUCACCAGCGAGCACGGGGAAAAGCUCUACCUCGUCCGAGCCCUGCAGUGACAAUGGCGUGUGGCCUCCUGAGCCCCACCAGCUCCAGGCCUGCUCUCCCACAGAGGGCCUGCAGCCAGCCACCCUGGCUUGGCUUCACAGCCUGGUCGUUCUGUUCAGCUCGGUUCUUUUCCCAUCCACCACCCCACAUCUCGCAGCCCUGUCCACACCUCCUAGACACUUUUAGAGAGGGGGUGGUGGAGGGGGCGAGCCUGUUCGCUUUUUUCCUUUUCAAUUGGAAAUAGUAUUCAUCUUCUCAGAGCCCCUCACUAAAAGACUUGGGGUGCAGCCAGAGGCCGUGAAGCUGCACUUAGUGAGCAAGUAAACCUCCACAUGCCAGCGUGGGGUUCCCCUGUGGACCAUGCAGCAGGUGCAGGCCAGCCAGCAGUCCUGGGCCCAGCCUGGGCCCCUGUGUGGCUCCCAGGCCCUGCAGGGAGGCAGUGCUUGCAGAGAGCAAUACUGGAACCACCGGAGAGAUGGCAGUGAAGAAGCUGUCCAGUGCCUUUGAGGCGGCGCUUGCAAUAAAGAGGAUUUUCAUGAGUCAGUCUGCAGAAGAGGAGCUGGUGACGCAGAAAGACAGAUGUUUCAAUUAUUGACCCCACACGUGCCAUCCACAUAGUGCUUUUUCCUCUCGCCCUUUGGCUUGUUUGAAUUUCACAAUUAUAUAUUUAAUUCUCAAAGUAAUACGUAUCUGUAGCCGUUUGUUGACACUAAUAACAGAUGAUUAAGGGAAACAGCUGAUCUUUGGGGAAGGGGAGCUACCAAUACUUUAUACACAUACACUAUAUAUAUAUAUAUAUAUAUAUAUAUAUAUAUAUAUAUAUAUAUAUUAUUUGCUUUACAGGGAACUUUUUCAGGGUUUACAAAAGAAUAUGUGACUGGUAGUAAGAGACACAGAAUGUUUAUGAAGAAAUUGCAUUUUCUUUUUUCUUUACAUUUGAACUUCUUUAUAGUUUGAAUAUACAGUCUUGAGAUGGCACAUUCCUACAAUUGAAGAAGGGGUCUUGCGAUCCCCUAAACUUGCAUACCUGGUUUUUUGGAUAUUGUAAUAAAAAAAAGUAUUAUGACAA